UUUUGAACGAAAAGUUUGUAGAUCAAAAACUAGUAAACAGGUCACUAGAACUAUAUAUCCGAGUGUCUUGUAAGCAUAUCUUCUAUCGUGAUAGUCUUACUAUUACUGGAUCACGUCUAGAUCUUCAAUAAAAAGAUCCAGGAAGAUACAGCAGUCAAGUCAAAGUUUCAGUAGAUCAAAGUCAGUCAGAUAUUGAGACAAAGUGAACAAUAAGUAAACAUUGUUGUCAAAUGAAAUUGAGUUAAAAAUCAGUAGAUCAAAAAACAAACUUCAUAAAAAAUUAUUAAAUUUAAAAAUUUAUUGUUAGACAAAAUAUAGUAUCAUUUGACUAGUUAUAAUCGAGAAAACACAAUAUAGCAGUGCAUAAAGGAUAAUUGUGCAGUUUUUCUUUUAAUUUUGUUUGUUAACAGUUUUGCGAUUGUGAUCAUAUUAUAACUUUUUUGAGCAUCAAGAAGAAAAGAGCAUAAAAAGAGACAAAUCAUAAUAAAAACAGAUGAAAAGAAUUAUUUUGCAUGCGAAACAAUCAAAAAAUAUAUAUAUACAGCAUAAUAUAUAAUGAAAGUGAAUUAAACUAGAUAAACAGCAACAGAAAAUACAAAUUUUUAUAAAAUGUUGGAUCAUCACAUAGUGAAGAGAUCAUAUGUAGUAUAAUCUAUCGAUUCAAAAGCAUAACAUGCAUUCGCUAGAUUCAUUAAAUGAAUGUGCCAGAUAUGUUUUACAGGUUUACGUUGGAGCUCUUUCGGUCCAUUAUGAAGCGCUGAGUGUUGAGGCAUCAAAACAAACGACAGCUGAGGAAAUUGUACAGUGCAUUGCUGAACGAUUAGGAUUAACUGGAAAUAAUUAUGAGCUGGCUGAAGUUAUAGGACAUUGUAAAGAGAGACGGCUAUCGCCGCAUGAGAAACCAGUUUCAUUGAAAUUAUUAUGGCCAAAACAUUCAGAUCCACAUUUUGGACGAUUCUAUUUACGCGAGAAGCAGACACAGGAGCCAACGUGGUAUGGAUUUGAUCCGCAAGUACUAAAAGAAUUUCUUUCGCAACCUGAAAAUCGUGAAUAUCCAGACUUGUGCCAACUGCCAGAUCUCAAUGAAUCGACGCUUCUUGAGAAUCUCAGACAGCGCUUUGAAGCUGGACAUAUCUAUACAUAUGUUGGAUCAAUACUCAUUGCCGUCAAUCCAUUUCGGUUUUUACCCAUCUACAAUCCCAAAUAUGUUCGACUUUAUCAAAAUCAACGCAUCGGACCGAUUUUACCGCCACACAUUUUUGCCAUAGCCGAUAAUGCUUAUUAUUGCAUGUUAAAAGAAAAACGUAAUCAGUGCGUGGUCAUUAGCGGUGAGAGUGGCUCAGGGAAAACGGAAAGCACAAACUUCCUCCUACAUCAUCUGACUGCAUUGUCGCAGAAAGGUUUACAUGGAUCUGGCGUAGAGCAAACAAUUCUCAGCGCUGGACCAGUAUUGGAAGCAUUUGGAAAUGCCAAGACUGCACAUAAUAAUAAUUCGAGUCGAUUCGGAAAGUUUAUUCAAGUGAAUUAUCGAGAAAACGGGAUGGUUCAAGGAGCUGUUGUCCAAAAGUACCUGCUUGAAAAAAGUAGAAUAGUAUCACAAGGAACGUACGAGAGGAAUUAUCACGUUUUCUAUUAUUUAUUGUCUGGUGCGACAGAAAAUGAACGAGAAGCACUGCAUUUACUUCCAUCAGACAAAUAUAACUAUUUAAAUGCCAAGAAUUUAACAUUAGAGAAUUGCGAUGAGAAAUAUGAGUUCUCGCGACUGAAACAAAGCAUGGAAAUGGUUGGUUUUUCACCAGAGAAGCAACGUCGAUUAUUUAUGGUAUUAUCAGCCGUUCUAUUACUCGGGAACGUUGAAUUUCAUCCAAAAAAGUCAGCAUAUCAUCAUGACGAAAGUGUUCAUGUUAAGAAUCUCGAUGUCGUACAUUUAAUAUCGGAACUAUUAAAGGUCAAGUAUGAAACAUUGCUUGCAGCAGUGACAUCUAAACGUGUAAAAGCAAGUGACGAGACGCUCAUUAUGCAAUAUAAAUUACCAGAAGCAAUAGCAGCACGUGAUGCACUAGCAAAAUGUCUGUAUGGAGCACUCUUUGAUUGGAUUGUUCUUCAAGUCAAUCACGCAUUAUUAAAUAAAGAUCAGGCUGUUCCCAUACGGAAUUCUAUCGGUGUACUCGAUAUCUUCGGUUUUGAGGACUUUGGUCUUCAAAAUAGCUUCGAACAAUUAUGUAUUAAUUACGCAAAUGAACAUCUGCAAUAUUACUUUAAUCUGCACGUCUUCAAAUACGAACAAAAAGAAUACAAACGCGAAGGAAUUAAAUGGACUGAUAUCGAGUUUAUGGAUAAUUCUGGAUGCUUACAUCUAUUUGAAUCAAAACCACAAGGCUUACUUUGUAUCUUAGACGAUUCUUGCAACUUUCCUGGAGGAAGCAAUGAGAAUCUGCUUCACAAAUUUAAUAAUAUUCAUAAAGAGAAUCCGUUUUAUGAGAAACCUCAGAGAAAAGAAAACGCUUUUAUAAUAAAACAUUAUGCCGGUAAAGUUAAAUAUCAGGUCGCUGAAAUGCGUGAGAAAAAUUUGGAUCUUAUGAGACAAGACAUUGUGAGUGUUUUAAAGAAUUCUAGUAUGGCUUUUGUACGCGAAUUGGUCGGAGCUGAUCCCGUAGCUGUUUUUCGAUGGGCAAUUUUAAGAGCCUUCUUCCGUGGCUACUUUGCAUUCCGAUCAGCUGGCAUUAAACAUAGAAAGGAGAGAGCAGAUCAGUCAUUGAGUAAAAUUGCAACAAAGACGAGAUUUAGGACAGCAAAUGAAAGUCUAGUUAGUAAACGAAUCAAUUCAACAACGACCUUUAUGGCGUUAAAUAACGCAAACAACGAACCUACAACGAAUUUUAUUCAACAUCGUGUCCAUAACAGUCCUUUGCAUCAACUUACGAGUCCUCCAAGACGAUCAUGGUCCACAUUUACGUUUAACAAUAAGAAUUUUCCUGAUGGUAAGCUUUCAUACGAGAGUCAGCAGCUUGGAUGCGACAAAAGUCCAUGGAGAAAUGAUAUUAGUGAGAUUGUAAGGUCGCGUGAUGGUCGAGAAAGACAGGACGUUAUGGCACGAGCAUCUCAAAUUGUGAUGAAGAACAAAUCAUUUAGACCUCGAGAACGUCCGAAGAAAGGAUUGAAAAAUCUUCAGUCAGUAAAGUCGCUGACAGCUGGUCAGAAUUUAAUUAAUAAUCAGACAUCUGUGAAAACUCGAAAACAACCUCUGACUGUCACCGCACAAUUUCAAAAUUCAUUAAUUGCACUCAUGGAGACUUUAAAUCAGGCCAAUCCAUUUUUCAUCAGAUGCAUUAAAUCGAAUCCUAACAAGAUUCCCAAUCAGUUUGACGAUGCGACAGUGACUAGACAGCUCCGUUACACGGGAAUGCUUGAGACGGUACGAAUACGUCGUGCUGGAUAUAAUGUUCGAUUAAUGUAUGAGGAAUUUAUCCAGCAUUAUCGAAUUUUAUUGCCAAAAGGACUUUUAAGCUCACAGAAAGAUGUUAGAGACUUUAUGAAUCGUCUAGAUGACUUGAAUAAGCAGCAUUAUCAAUUAGGAAUAACAAAAAUUUAUAUGCGUGAGAGUCAAAAGAUGAGACUUGAUAUUAAAUUACACACAAAGAUUAUUGAAUCAAUUGUAAGCAUUCAACGAUGGUUCCGAAGUUAUCUUCAAAGACAAAAGUUUUUACAUCAGAGACAGGCAGCGAUUGUCAUUCAAUCAAAUUGGCGUAUGUACUUAGCACAAAAGCAAUUUCAUUUUCGUCGAGCAUGCUUUCAUGGUGCAGCUAUUACGAUACAAGCUGCUUGGAGAAUGCAUGUAGCUAGGAAGAAAUAUGUUGAAGUAAGAAAGAGUGUAAUUGUCAUACAAGCUCAUUUAAGAGGUAAAUUAUCAAGAAAACAGACACAAAAUAUGAGACAAAAGCAUAUGCGAGAAAGACAGAAAUUAAGAUCAACACAGAGCUUGCCAGUAAAUGAGAGAAGUGUAGAUGUACAUUUUGAGCAUGUAAAAAGAAUUCGAACACCAACACCUCAUUAUAGUCUCGAUGCAGACAUUGAAUUAUGUCAGGAAUUAGAUGAAUCUCCAAGUCAUCGUUUAUCGAAACAGAAACGUGAUCAAAUGUUAGAUCAAACAGAGCAACAAAUCAGAGAUUUACUUAUAAAUAAAGAUGAGCAAUAUCUUAGGAAAACAUCAAUUACUAAUGUUUCAGCAAUUGACCAUAAUCCUUACCUUUCAUAUCAGCCACAAUCACAACAAAAUUUAUCGUCAGCAGCAGCUGCUUCUACAUCAAAUUAUCGACAUGAUGACGUUCUCGAUUUAGGCUCAAAAACCUAUGAUAUUGAGAAAGCAAUGCGUAUAAAUGCAAUUGAUGAGCCAACAGAAACAUUAAAGAGAUUUGAUUUUACAAAAAUGCCAAUAAGACGAAUUGAUUCGGGACCUACAAGACGUGAUGGUCGAUUUGAUGUUAAAAAUAAUAUUCAAACAAUUACAGCACCACCUCGUCCAACGCCUGCAACCGAUGUCGAAAUUGUUUUUGUGAAUCCUCCCGUUCAACAGCAGCAAUCACUGCCUUUAUCUUCCACAACUAUACAAACGUCACAGAGUCUAAGAUCAAGUCCAUAUAAUGUACAACAAUAUAGUUUAGAGACAUUGCCACAAAGACGCGAUAUUGUCUGUAGAAGUCUAAAUGAAGAAUAUCAAAAUUAUCAGCCUCCUAUUGUCUAUCAUCAUCAGCAGCAACAGCAAUCACAAGCAGACAAUCGUGUGACAAUAGCUAGCGUUCCGUCAAAAGGAAAAGCCGCAGCAUUGUUAGGAACAACUUCAACAGAACAAACAUCAGCGGCUGUCGUGUCACCAGCAUCUAAACAUAGUAAGAAAGAAAUGACAGACAUUUUGAGUAAGAAUAAAAGAACAAAGAAUAAUAUGAGUGAGGAGAUAUCAUCAGGAUCGUAUUUGGUGACAAAAGUACAGAAAUUUGAUGGAACAUUAUCGCGUAGAAAUUCAGAUCCAGCUAAUAAUAAAGUUCCAUUAUUGGAAGUGAAUCGCGGUAAUGAUUUAUAUCAAUCAAGUACGAAUAUAAAUAUUGGUGGACAUCGAUUCCGUAAAGUAUCGAGAAUUAGUAAAAGUGAACGAUGUGCAAGUUGUGAUGAAAGUGAUUCAUUCAUAUCAGAGGGACAUAGAUGUCUAGACUGUAAAAUUUUAGUGCAUACAAAAUGUAUUCAGAAUGGUGGCAUUAAAAGUAUUAAGUGCGGUAGUGCAAAGCGAUCGACAAAACGAUUGAAAAAAAUUAGUGAACGAGAUAAAAUUAAUUCAGGAUCAACAAGUACUCCAAAUUCUAAAUUUAGUGGCACAAAAGAAUAUACAGACUCAACGGAUAAAAUUAUUAGUGAUGCAAAAGAACUACAACUUAUGCAAGAUUUUAUAACGCAAAAAAUAUGUCAAAUGGAAGGCAAGGAAGGUGAAAAGGUGUCGGAAGUAGAUCGUGUUUUUAAGAAGGCACUUAGAGAAUUUAAAACAAAUCUCGUGGCACAAUAUAGUGUGGCGAAUAAGCAUAAUAGUGAUUCAUUAAAUAUUAAAUAUCGAGAUCUUAUCGCAAACUUUGAGCAAGUGAUUGAAACAGCAUGCGGUAAAACAGAUGAUUUUCCAAAAACUAUGGGCGUAAAUGCAUUCCGUGGCUUUAUGAACGAAUUUAUGAACUCUCGUGAAGCAGAUAAGCCAAAAAUGAAACGGAAAAAGGAGAAGAAGCGAAAAGCGGACGAACAAAUUACGUUUAAUGGUCACGUUUUUCAAUUGACAAUCCUCAAUAUUGCAACAGUCUGUGAAAUUUGUCAGCAAUUUUUGUUAUGGCCACUAGAAAGGGGCUUAGUCUGUCAGAAUUGUAGAUUAACAGUUCAUAAGAAGUGCUACGUGAAAUCAGUAGCAUGCAGUAAUCCCACGACAACAUUAGCUGAUAAUGAGAAUGCUGAAAGUGGAAGAUUGUUUAAAGUUCAGUUGACGCAAUUGUGCUGUUCAGAGGGAAGUGGAACAAAAAUCCCAAAUCGCAUUGAUCAGCUAAUAACAAAGAUUGAAAUGCAUGGAUUGUAUGCAGAAGGAUUGUAUCGAAAGAGUGGUGUAAGUUCAAAAAUUAAGGAAUUGCAAAGGAAAAUGAAUGAGCCAGUAAUUGAAGAGAUAGAUUAUGAGCACUAUAAUGUUCAUGUACUUACAAAUGUGCUUAAAACCUUCCUAAGAGAUUUACCUGAACCACUAUUAACAUUCGAUCGAUACGAUGACUUUCUUCGUGCAGCUGAUCUUUCUGAAGAUACAGAUCGUGUUCAAACACUUUUAUCAUUAAUUAAGAAACUACCUCCUGCUCAUCAUGCCCUACUUGAACGUAUAGUCUUUCAUUUAGCGCGUGUCGCACAACGUGAAGAAUAUAAUAGAAUGUCUGCGAGUUCAUUAGCAAUUGUUUUUGCGCCAUGUGUGUUACGUACGAAUCGUCCACUUCCAGCACAAGACAGUCUCAAUGAUAUAAGUCGUCAAACGAAAUGUAUGGAGACGAUAAUAACACAGAAAAUGUUGAAUAUUAAGACAACUCUUGCCGAUAUUGAUACGCUUGAUACAGCUGCACAUACAGCUACGACACGAUUAAGUACAUUAAGAAGUUCUAAAGUAUUUACGCAAGAAGAGUUUACGUCAACGUCACGUGCUGGACGAGAAAGUGCUGAAGCUGAAGAGAUGCUACUCGAAGGACAUAUUCAAGAGAUUAGAAAAGAAAAGGCAUUAUUAACAUCGACACUUCCAAGUCUCGCUAGAGCUACAUCUGAUGAUGACUUAUUAUCAACCGAUUUAGAUGGUGAAGGUGGAAGUUUAGAUGAUUUAAGUAAUAAAGAUAAGGAUAUAGAUAGCCAUAAAAUGAGUAGAGAUUCUCGAGAUGUUAGUGUUGAUUCAGCAUUAAGCUCGUCAGCUGGAGAUGGUGGAUUGUCGUCACCAACAAAUCAACGAUUCUCAACACAAAGUAGCGCUGCUGAUGAUGAAAUGGCUGUGAAAUAUAAUUUACGUGAGCAAUAUAUAGACUAUAUUCCGACAGCAUCAAGAAAACAGCAGCAGAUAAGUGGAUCAUCAUCACAACAAAAGAUAUUAUCACCACAAAGAAGCAUUGUGACCUGUUCAAUAAGUUCCGGAGGUCUUAAAAAUGGCAGUGAAUUACAGCGACAAAAACCGAUCGUUAUGAGGAGUAUCAGUGGCGGUGCUUAUGAAUCAUCUAAAAAUUGUUCAACAACUGGAUUACAAAGAGCUGCUACAACAAUGGCAAAUAUGGAUACAUCCAGUAUAAAUAAUAACAAUAAUAAUGAUGAUGAUGAUGAGCAGCAAAAAUCCAAGAGUCAGAGUAUGGAGGAUGAACCAAUUAUGUAUUUUUUUAUUUGAAAAUUUAAUUUUCCUUCUUUUAAAGGCGCAUUUUCCGAUUUAAAUUUUAUUAUUUUAGUGAUUCUGUUGAGUAUAACAUUCCUUUUAAUUUUGCAUGCCCUUUAAACGUUUUUUUAACUUCAAAUAUCGAAUUUGUCUUUUGUGAAAAUUGUUUUUGCAAAUUUGCCUCAAUUGAAAUUCAAAUCUCAAAAAUCCGUUAUAAAACGGUCGUUUUAAAUUAAACAGAACUUUAGUAAUGUAAAACGUGCGCUUAUGUUCUGCAAAAAUUGUGGAUAUACUUUCCUUUUAACCCACUUUUUGACUAUUGAG